AUGCCCACCAUGUGGUUAUCAGACGCCCAAAGUAAGACCGGACCUGCAAAGAUCCUAAGUAAAUCGGGGUCGCCUUCUGCUCUGGUGGUACGUGGUAAUCAAUCUAGCAUGCUCAUGCUCAUGCUCAUGCUCUUGCGCCCGCGUGUCUGUGGCUUCUUCCUGAUUGGAGGUGUCAUGCUGUUCUUUGAUCGAGCCAUGCUUGCGAUGGGCAAUAUCCUCUUCCUAAUCGGCUUAACGAUCAUCAUCGGUCCACAGAAGACACUACUCUUCUUCGCGCGGAAGCAGAAAGCUAAGGGCACCGCGGCCUUUUUCUUAGGAUUAACGCUAAUCCUUAUGCGAUGGGCGCUGAUUGGGUUCUGCGUUGAAUUAUACGGCAUCGUGGUGCUGUUCGGAGACUUCCUCGGUACGAUUGCGAGUUUUGCACGAAACGCCCCAAUUGUCGGUCCUUAUAUUGGCCUCGUUAUCGAUCGUGUCCCAGGCUUUGGAGGCCUACGGAAUGCUGAGUUACCUGUUUGA